UCCUGGGUUCUGUUCCCGGCCCUGGCAAGGGGGCGGGGUCCCUGGGAGGGAGGCGGACUCCGGACUCCUGGGUUCUAUUCCUGGCUCUGCGCUGAUUGGCCGGACCCCCCCUCCCCGUGCCUCGAUUUCCCUGGCGAUAACCGCUGUGACUAGCUGGGGGAGGGUCCGAUCCACACCCGGGCACUCCCGACCUCGACGCCCAAGCACCUGGCGGGGGUGUGGGGCAGCCCGGCCCCGAAGGGGUUAACCCCGCGGCGUCACAUGGCCGGGCGGGGACCCGCCCCUCGCGGGGGUGUCGGGACGAUCCCACCCGUGAUCCGUCAGCGCCCGCGAGCGGCCGCAGCAUCCCUGAACCCGGCGGGUACGGGGGGGGCCGGGGCUCGGGGUCCCUGCCUGGGGGAGCUGCCCGAUGCUGCACUCGAGGGGGGCCUGGCUUUAGAGCCCCGCUCCACCAUGGCGGCCCUGCUGAAGAGCCUGGUGGGGGCGUCGGAGAAGUCGGCCCGCAUCGCCCAGCUGUGCCGCCAGGAGGAGGCGCUCUUCCAGCUGCUCAUCGAGGAGAAGACGGGCACCGACAAGAACAAGAAGUUUGUGCAGGAUUUCAAGACGCUGGCGGACGUGCUCAUCCAGGAGGUCAUAAAGCACGACGUGGGCAAGGAGUUCCCGGAGCUGCACGGACACAUCUGCGGGGAGGAGUCGAACCAGUUUGAGAACAGCCUGGGAGAGACCCUGGAGGUGCAGGUGUGUGCGACCCAGCAGGACACGGCCUCGCUGCUCUUUACAAUCCUGGACCGGAACCGGCCGGCGGCCGAGCUGCUGGCAGCGGCCAUCCACCAGGAGGUGGUGCUGCAGGACCCGGCGCUGGACGCUGUGGCGCUGGCAAUCCCCCCGGAGAGACUGGCCAUCUGGAUCGACCCCAUCGACUCCACCAAUCAGUACAUCCGCGGCCAGGCCAGUGUGGCACCCAUCGGUGGCAUCUGCCCGUCCGGGCUGCGCUCGGCGCUGGUGCUGAUCGGGGCGUAUGACCGCAGCUCGGGGGACCCGGUCCUGGGGGUCAUCAACGAGCCGUUCUUCCGGGAGGAUCCCCUCACCCACAGGUGGCAGGGUGUCUAUCACUGGGGCAUCUCGUACCAGGGCACCAGCCUGUCCUCGCUGCGCCGGCCCCCGCUGCGCCCCGAGCCCUCCGUCGUCCUGAGCAGCAGCGAGACGCCGGCGAUCCAGCGGGCACUGAGGCCGCUGUACGGGGAGCGGCUGCGCUUCGCCUCAGGCGCCGGCUACAAGAUGCUGUGUGUGAUCCUGGGGCUGGCCGAGGCCUACGUCCUCUCGGAGGGCAGCACCUUCAAGUGGGACUCGUGCGCCCCCCACGCCAUCCUGCGGGCCCUGGGCGGAGGGAUGGUGGACCUGGAGGCUGCCCUGCAGGCCUGGCGCGCUGGCCAGCGGGGGGCGCUGCCGGAGCUGACCUACCACCAGCCUGCGGGGGGCGCCGUGGGGGCCGAGCGCUGGGCCAACCGAGGAGGCCUGGUGGCCUUCAUGCACCGGGAACACCUGGAGGUGGUGGUGGCCACGCUGGCCACUGCUGCCCUGUGACCCGCAGGGCACUGCCUGGGGGGCAGGGGGAGCCUGGCCCCGCCCAGCUCCAUGUAUGGGGUUGGGGGCAGGCUGGCACCAAGGAAGCAAAGGGGGGAGGUUGGAGGGGGCAGGGGGCUGCAGGCGGCCACUGCUCCCAUCGGGUGCCGCAGACCUGACGCAUGGGGCAAAGGCCCCAGAGAGGUGCCAACCCCCCUUCCCCUCCAGAGCCUUCCAGCCCCACCCCCCUGCUAGUGCUGCGGGUGCUGCCGGUGCUGAGCUCGCCCGUUUGGGCCAGCCUCCGCGGGGGGGCAUUGCCUGGCCCCCAUUAAACAGUGCGUUUCGUUUCCCGCCCUCUCGCCU